AUGACGGACUUUGGGGAAAUCCUAAAACAUGUUGGAGAAUUUGGUCGCUUUCAGAAAUGUUUGGUCCUUAUGUUGUGUUUCCUUAGUGUGUUUAAUGCGUUCCACAUGUUUGGGCAGGUGUUUAUGGGAAUCUCUGUGCCUCACCACUGCAAUACCAACUGGAUCCUGGAGAAAAACCCAAAUCUAACUGAGGACUACCAGCUGAAUUUAACCAUCCCACACAAUGAACGUGGAGGCUACGAGCAAUGCCUCAUGCACACUCCAGUGGAUUGGGAUAUUGAAUCCAUUGAGAGGUAUGGACUAAACAGCACGGAGGAAUGCCGGAAUGGAUGGGUGUACGACACGUCACAGCAAAAGUCCACGCUGGUCACUGAGUUCAACUUGGUGUGUCACAGAAAAGAAGAAACUGAAAUUUCUCAGUCCAUUUACAUGUCAGGACUCCUUAUUGGAUCCAUUAUUUUUGGUCCCUUAGGAGAUAGGAUUGGGAGGCGUCCUGUUAUAUUAAUCUCCAUGUUACUGAUGUUCUCAUUUGGCAUCGGAGCAGCAUUUGUCACAGAAUUUUACGUCUACAUAGCGUUGAGAUGUGUGGUGGGAAUGGCUAUGUCAGGGGUCCUGAUUAACAAUCUUGUAUUAGUUGCUGAGUGGGUGGGAUCUUCUCAUCGUGCAUACGCCACUAUCACCGGCCAUGUCUGCUUUGCAGUGGGACUGAUGGUUCUGGCCGGGCUUAGUUAUGGCAUUAGGAACUGGAGGUGGCUACAAAUUGCUGGCUCUGCACCCACGGGCUUAUUAUUCUUCUAUAUUUGGGUUCUUCCAGAAUCACCACGAUGGCUUUUAAUUAAAGGCAAAUAUGAGGAAGCAAAAAAUCUUCUUCAAAAAGCAGCACAUUUUAAUGGACGGACUAUACCAGAGGAAUUACUGCUACAGUUACAAGAAGAAAAGCAGAGUAAAUCUGGAACUAUGCUUGAUCUGUUCAGGAUUCCAUAUUUAAGAAAAGUAACUCUUGUCAUGAGCUUUGUGUGGUUUGUAAACAGUCUGGUAUAUUAUGGUCUGAGUCUAAACGUUGGUAGCUUUGGGCUGGACAUAUAUCUCACACAGCUUAUAUUUGGUGCAGUAGAAAUUCCAGCUCGCCUUGGAUCCAUGUUCAUAGUACAGAUCAUUGGACGGAAACUAAGUCAAUCUCUGUGCCUUUUAUUGGGAGGAACUGUGUGUCUGGUCAUUAUUGCCAUACCAAAAACGUUACCUGUUGCCGUCACUGUGCUUGCAGUUAUUGGAAAAUUUGCCAUUGCGGCCUCUUUUUCCAUUUGCUAUAUUUAUGCAGCAGAGGUAUUCCCCACAGUCAUCAGGCAGAAUGGAGUGGGACUUUGCUCUAUGACAGCCCGAGUAGCUGGGAUAAUUUCUCCACUCAUUAGUCUUUUGGAUAAGUACCACCCAGCUAUACCAAUGGGCAUUUAUGGCAGUGGCCCUAUCAUCGGAGGUCUCCUCUGCUUCCUAUUACCAGAGACGCGAAACAGGGAGCUUCAAGACCAUGCUCAUGACUCCAAUGACAUUCCAAGUAAUUUGUUUUUCAGAUCUCAUAACCUUCCAAAAGAUCAGCUCAUACAUGAAAUUCAACAAGAGCAAGAAGUGGAUCCUGCACAACAGCAAAAAAGGACUCGUUUAUAAUAUUUAAAGUGUUUUUUCCCCAAUUUUUUAAAUUACAUAUUCACAGCAUUUGGUGAUAAAAUGUUGGAUUGCUGAGGGUCUAAACACUGUAACUUCUAGUGAUCCUGAAAAUUAGAUGUUCUUGAAUCCCUUAUCUGAAUAGAGUGAUAGUGCACAAGUUGGUACAGCUCUCCAUUCAUUUCUAUGGGACUGAUGGAGCACUGUCUACGUCACUCCCAUAUACAUUAAUGGAGUAGUGGACUGACAUGCACUACCACUCCAUUCAAGACGACUCAAGGACUUCUUCUUCUGAGGAUUGCUGAGGGUCCCAACAGUUGGACCCCCAGCAAUAUGACAUACAG